CAGGUUUAUGCAUUAGGAGCAUUAUUCAUUUCAAGUUGGGUUUGGGCAAGGUGGAAUGAGAGGAAGGCGCAGGGUAAGUCUCCCAAUGAUGGGAGGGCUGAAGGAAGCCAUUCCGAUGAUAGUCGUCGUUCUUCCGAUGACAGCAAUAAUUAAACCUUCCAGUAGAUCGAUCGGCUGUUGAUCUUUUCAGACAACGAAUAGAAAAUUACAUUAGCGAUAUGUAACACUGCAACAGAAAUGCUUUUACAGUAUCAUAUGAAUGGAAAGAUUGUUUCAUUUUAAUAGGCACAUGUUAUAACAGAUGAAGUGGUGAUGUUUAUCAAAGUUCGUAUAUGAUUUACCUCCUUUUAUCUCA